GGAAACACUGUGCAACUGACAGGCACCAUUGCAGGAUCAGCAACUGAUCAUAACACAAUAUUAUAUGGACUAAUGUUUCUUCUUUUGUUUAUGUCUAGUUAUUUGCCACGAUCAUGACUGGAAAGAGAUUCACUGUUAUGACGAGGACUCAAACUCUUCAUCUGCUUUUUCUCUCAGGAUUUUGCUCCUUUGCAUUAGGAUCUUCAGAUUUUCACUUUAUAAAUCAAAAAAAGAACUACAAUGACUCAAAGACCUAUUGCAGAGAGAUGUUCUCUGAUUUGGCCUCAGUUCACAACAUAACAGAUAUAAAUAAUUUGAUCACUUUAGUUUCAAAGAAAACUAAGAGAGCCUGGAUAGGACUGGAGAGUGAGGGCGUGCGGGAGUGGCACUGGUCACGGCCUUAUCAAAAACUGGAUUUUUUUAACUGGAAGGCAGGAGAACCACAAAAUGCGGAUCAAGAUGCCUGUGCAGUGAUGGAUCCACUCGGCGAGUGGUUUGAAAGUGAAUGUGGAACUCAAAGAAGUUUUGUUUGUCAGGGAAAUGUUGACAGUGGUAGUCACAUUUUUGUUGCCAAGACCAAAUCCUGGAGGAAUGCUCAGAAUCACUGCAGAGACUUAUCAUCUGAGCUAGUGAGCAUACACUCAGUGGAGGAGAAUAAGGCAGUGCUUAACAUUUCUAUGUCACAAAAUGUGUGGAUUGGCCUCUUCAGAGAUCCCUGGAAGUGGUCUGACGGGAGCAACUCCUCGUUCCGUUUCUGGACACCAAGUCAGCCGAACUACCUUGAAGGCCAGGAUUGUGUUACGGGUCUAUUCCAUAAAGAUGGGCGGUGGAACGACCUGAAAUGUACGCGCAAAGAACCUUUUAUUUGUCGUGGGGCAAGGAAAUUAUUUCCAGUAACCACCAUUCAACCAAGCACACAGCUGAGCCAAACAACAAAGGAACAGACAACCAAUCUGACAACUCUUCCAAACACCUCAUCCCAAGAGGUCACAACAACAUUUAAUUUUACUGUGACUUUUUCCGAUCAAUCAAAUGUUACUAAUGUUACCACAGAAGGAAAGACAACCACUGUCAAUGGUCUGACACCAAAUACAGCAGAUACGGUGUCCAGUAGGUUUACUACAAAGCUCAACAAUGCAACUACAGAAAUGUUCAAUGUAACAGCUACACAGCUCCCUCCUAAUGCUACUGUCCAAGCAACUACAGGUGAUGCUUCUUCAACAACAACACUGAUGGGGACUUCAGCCAAGACCUCAACUCAACUAAACCUUACUACACAACCCUUACCGCCCAAGCCAACAGAAAACAGUCAGAGUUGGCCUCCAGGAAAUCUGAUCCUAAUCAAGAAAAACCUGACAUGGAUAGACGCUAUGAGUUACUGCAGAAGGCACCAUGUUGACCUUGUACACAUUACAACUGAAGAUAUUCAGGUGAAGGUGGCUGAAAAGGCAAAAAACGCCACAUCUGUUCACGUGUGGCUCGGUCUACGCUACACAUGUAACUUCAACUUUUGGUUCUGGACCAGUUCAAGUACAGGCUGCUACCAGAACUGGGCACCUGGACAAGGAUCUGAGGGGAAAUAUGAAUGUGAGGCUUCAGGUGCCAUUGAGGCCACUGGGGGGCAGCAGUGGGUCGGCUUGUCCCAGACAGAAAAACUGAACUUCCUCUGUUCCACAUGUGCUGACUGAGGGCAGAGAGCUAACAUGUUACAGUUUCAGCAUGUUGAAUGAAGAAAUAACAUUUCAGUGUUCAGAAAACAUGUCUGCUUUUAGAUCAAUGUUGCAGGUUAAUGUGUUUUACAGUUGUAACAUCAAGCUGGAAGACACUGAUCUGUGGACUUCAGUAGAUGUCAUGGUUAUCUUAACUCACUUAUAAUGUCAUUCUUCUACCUUUGUUGAAACACAGCUGCUCAAUUGUCAAGCCUGAAUUUCAUUAGAUAUGAAACCCUCUUGUGGUGUGUAGGCGUCCACAUUCACAGUCAUGGGUAGCAAGAGUAAUGUGAGAACAUUGAUCUGCUCUUCGCCUUUCACUCAGGGGUUACUAUUUGCAUAUUGACCCCCUGGCUUGGGCCCCAAUAUUGUCUUUUUGAGACCACCAGAGUAAGGCCCCAGAUUCAUACUGCCUGCUGCCCUCACUGACCUGACCUUCACUAGCAGCCAUUUAUAGAGACACGGAGCUCACAGACGCUCUCCUUCCUGUCUGCACACUUGAUGUGCACAGAGCAUCUAUAAGCAUGUGAACUGGAAAAUGAUCAACCAUAUUCAUACAGGAAAUGUUUAUUUAAUCCAUCUCUGAAACUGUAUGACGUGAAUGCAAGUUUAGUAUUUUAGAGAGACUGCUCCAUAAACCCUUUUUUUGGAGAUACAUCUUCUAUUGAAUUUGUAUUUUCAUUUCCCCCCUGAGACAUUUAACUUUAUUUUUUUAAACGUAUUGCCUCUGGAUACAGGAUUGAAUGGUCUUUAAUUUACAGCUGGUACUUGUUGAUGAAGAUCACAUAUUACUUAAGGUGGAAUAAGAAAACAACCUGCUGAAUUAUACAUGACAAGAAACAAUAGGAGCUUGAUACUGAAAGUUACUUUACACCGGUUAGUUCUGAACAAGUAAUUAGAUUGGACAAGUAGAUCUGCAGUACAAACACAUUAGAGUGCAUCAAAAUAAAGGGUGGCGUGCAACAGGUCAGUUCUUGUCAAGCUAAAGAACUUCUUGAUUGGUGGAGCAAAAUGAACAUUAAAAAAAUACAAAUGUUAUAACCCUA